UUCACAUUCUUUUCAUAUCCACUUCUCAUUUCAUCUUCCUUUGCUAACUUAAUAAGCUAGCUAGUCUUCCUCAUAUCCCUUCUUUUUACUCUUUCAACACAAUAUUAAUAAUGGGUGUAUUCACAUACACAUUGGCCGAUAUCACGAGCCCCGUUGCCGCGCCACGGUUGUUCCAAGCUCUAGCCAUUGACAACCAUAACUUCAUUCCUAAGGUCGUACCUCAUUUGGUUAAAUCUGUUGAAUUUGUUGAAGGUGACUCCACCACCGUUGGAUGUGUCAAACAGAUCAAUCUCCCCGACGAGGCUCCAUUCAAAUAUGUGAAAAACAGAGUGGACGAGAUCGAUGCCGGUAACUUGUACCUAAAGUAUACUUGCAUUGAAGGAGAUGUGUUUCCUGAAACGGUAGAGUACGUUGUGUACGAGGAUAAAUACGAGCCUUCCGAAGCCGGAACACGGUGCAAAAUGGUGGCACACUAUCAUUUGAAAGGUGAUAAUGUGAUGAAGGAUGAUGACCUUGUAAAGGCUAAAGAAGGAAUUCAGAAGAUAUUCAAGGCUGUUGAAGACCAUCUCAUUGCUAACCCUCGAGUUUAUGCUUGAACGUACUAUUGUGGUGUUUUUAUUAUGAGUGAAUCUUGAUUUUUAUGUUGUAUUUUCAAGUGUUUUUCAAUUGUAACAAACACACUAUUCAAUAUGAGUGUGUUACAUACAUGUUUUUUUUCCAACUUUUUUUUUAAUAAUGUGUGAGAAAGUGCUUGGUGAGAUAUGAAGUUUAUAUUCCGUAGUUGAUAAUGAAGUGCAAGAAGUUGAAAGACUUUUUUUUUUUAA